UAUGUGUAACCAGCUUUGAUUGUGACUGGUGUCAUUUUGGACGUAAAUGCACCCACUUAGCAUCUGAACCUUGUGGGGAGAAUGACAUAGUUGUCUCAGAUGACACGGAAUGUAAAGACCAAAGACCCGACCAAAAACAGCUGGUGUUAUUAGCACGGUCAGGUGAGGAUUAUCCCUGUGUACUGCCUUAUAUCACUGUUGUUUACGAAGCCGUGAUGUGUACUGGAGAAAGCGUCACUCAGAAUGGUAUUUCAUACAGUUUCCAAGAUGUUUUGCUUCACACAAUUGCAGAAUCUACACAACAAUGUCCUCUAUACUCAAAUGAAGGUAAUAUGGUUCCUUUAGCAACACGCUACUGUGGAGGAGAUUACAUAUCUGGAGCUAAGUGGGAUGCUUUUAAUGUUUCUGAUUGUGACAUCGGAACAUCCUCAACACAAAUUCGAAGAAUAAAAGAAAUAAAUGUUAUCAAAGACAAUGUUGUAGAUGUUGCCGAUGCUCUUGCAAAAGUUACAAACAAUACAGGUGAUCUAGAUGAAUAUUUGAUUAUGAACGUGUUAGAUAUACUAGAAGACAUUGUUGGACUCAAAAUGCCAAACAAAUCGGUAACUUUCGACGUAGUUACAGUUGUCAACAACGUAAUUGAUUCUGGUGUACUUGGAAAAAACCAAUCAAUGAAAGGAACAGCGUCCUCAUUUGUUAAAUCUUUAGAGCAACAGCUUGAAUGUGUAGCAGCAGCAGGCAUAAAUUUCACUGUUGUACUAACUCAUGUCAGCAUAAUGACGUUAUCAACCAGCUCACGUGCUCUGGACAAUGGUCUUACGUACGUGGCAUUCUCAGAUGGUGAUUCUCUUAGUGAAAACUUUGAAGCUGAUAUUGUGACUUUAUCUGAGAAACCUUUUCCCAUUGACAUGGUGGGAGCGUCCAUUUCUCUUCCACCUGAGAUUACCUCAAGCCAAUCUCCCACGAAAGAGGAUGAAAUUGGACUGUAUUUUACUGUGUACCAGAAUAAUUCGCUGUUUAUUUCAAACAAGUUAGCAAAUGAGUCUGGAAAAGAACUUAAACGUAAAGUUAGCGGCCAUGUUAUUUCAGCUUCAGUAGAGAGAGUGAAGGUUGAUGGAUUAGUACAUCCCAUAAAAGUGACUUUUCUUUCUAGCUUUGAAAUCGUUAACACAGAAUGUGUUUUCUGGAACUUUUCCCUCGAUAAUGGUGUGGGUGAAUGGUCUAAUGAUGGUUGUACACUUAACAGGACAGAAGAUGACAGUGCAAUAUGCUUCUGUGACCACCUGACAAACUUCGCUAUUCUAAUCGAUUAUUAUCAACCAAAGGAAUCACAAUUUCAAGAUGUCUUGUCUGUCAUUAGUUUGAUCGGAUGCAUCGUGUCUAUAUUUUGUUUAACAAUUACAAUUGCCAAUUACCUUUAUUUAAAGAAAAUUCGAUGCAAAAUCCCUCAGAAAAUACAUAUCAACUUAUCGAUAUCGCUGCUACUCCUCUAUCUGGUGUUUGUGACUGGAAUCAAAAAGACAAGUUCUGAAACUGGAUGCAUCAUUGUUGCCACACUGAUCCAUUAUUUUGGACUUUCUUCCGUAUUUUGGAUGUCUAUAGAAGCAAUGAACAUGUAUCUUAUGUUUGUGAAGAUCCAUUAUGCUGAAAUUAGAUAUUUCAUGCUGAAAAUAUACGUUGUUGGAUAUGGUUUUCCUUUAGUUAUCGUUGCAAUUUGUUUGGCGAUUGACGUCGACAACUAUGCGGAUGAAAAAUACUGUUUCAUUUCUUCAGGAAAUCUUCGGAAUUUUGGAUUCAUCUUCGUUGUCGGUCUCCUUCUGUUGUUUAACUGUGUAGUAUUCGUUCUAGUCAUGCGUAGACUGACUUGCGGGCGAAAUAUAAUGAAUGUCGACGAGUCAAAGAGGAAGCUUGUUAUCAAACGUCAUUUGCAGAACGGUAUCGCAAUUUCAGUCCUACUCGGGCUAACAUGGGUUUUUGGAUUCAUGGCAAUUGAUUCUAACUCGUCUACAAGGGAAAUAUUUCAAGCACUAUUUUGCAUUUUCAACUCACUUCAAGGCUUCUUUAUCUUCUUGUUCUUCUGCGUACGACAAAAACAUAUUCGUGAUGAAUGGAAAGAGUACUGCUGUGCAUGCUGUGCCGGAUCACGUAGACAGACUUACAACGUGCAGCUCUUAGAGAAAGUAAAUGGUAUGAUUCCUAGUGCUGAUUUUACGAAUUAUUCUGCUCAAAGUCCUACAAAGACAAAUAUUCGAGAGGAUAAGUGUUGAAGGCCUAUGUCAUUAUUAUAUUUUAUAUAUAUUUAGCAUUUAAGGCCCGGGGUAUUUGACCAGUUUUCUGAAACCCAGUUUGCCGAAUUCCAGAUUUCCGAGUCCACUUUGCCGAAAUGCCAUACUACCGACCCAUACUUAUGAAAACACAUUUAUCUGAAUUUCAACUCAUUACACUAAAAUAUUUAAUCAAAUGCCCAAACUUCAAGUACAAAGAGGUGCAGUCUACUGUGCGUUGGUCAUUGGUGUGUAUCUAGGUUAUUUGUCAUGGUGGUAGGGGAGGCUGACGGGACUGGGAAGCUUGAGUAGGGGAUCGAAGGUAAAGUAAAGAAGAACCAUCUGGCCAAAAAAAGGUGAAAUGAGAUAAUUUUAGCAACUUUAUUUUAAAGAAAAGGCACUCUUAUAAACACCUAAAUAAAACAUGUAAAUCAUUGACAACUUAUUGUCAAAAUAUAUGCCAUCAACAGAAUAAACGUGUGGAAAAGCCGGAAGGCAUUAAUUGGAACUGAACAAAAGAGUGGUAGAAUAUAAUUAAUCAAUGACGUGGAACGCUGGAUUACAGGUCAGAGAUGUCAUAAGUUACGUGCCUACUGAACAACGAAUACAAUUUAAACGGUUUGGGCAGUGUGGGUAAGGUUAGCUUAUAGUAGUUGGACAUUUUGGUGUUAGCUAGAAUACUUGGAACAGCUAUUAGGCUGCGUGUAUAGAAUAGAGAAGUUAAUUUUGGCCUAGGUAAACUAACUUAACUUGCACUCAUAAGGAAUGAGAUUUGAGUAUGAGUUGCUAUUAAAUACACAUUUGGCAAUCUGGGUCUUGGCAAACUAAUAUUCACAAUUUUUGAGUUUGAUACUCGGAAAUGUAGGAUUCAGCAAAACUGGGUUUCGGCAGUCUGGCCUAAGUCCAAUGCCCCAAAUAUCUGUAUUUUGACAGACAGAAUGAACAUUAUUUUACUUAUUUUGA